AUGCGGGGAAAUGUGGGGGUGCUGUUUCUCGCCUGCUGUUGGGGGGUGAGCUCCGUCGAGCCUCAGGAAGCAGCCAAACAGUCCCAGCUUGGAAGUCUGGAUUUCGGUUUCGUUCCCUCUGGAGUUUAUGAGACGCUCGCCUACUAUGAACCGGGAGCGAUCGGGAUUCUGUUCCACAUGGUGCACGCGUUCCUGUACGUGGUGCAGCCAAACCCCUUCCCCAAAGAUCUCAUCGUUAAAGUGGCUCAGCAGAGCAUGGGAGAGCUCCAGACUGAAUAUAAGAAGCCAGAGAAUGUAGUUCUGACACUUCAGGCGGCGUAUUAUGAGGUGGGGUUUGUGGUGUGUGCGGUCGCGGGGGCGCUGUUCGUGCUCCUCAUGCCGCUCGUGGGGCUGUGCUUCUGCGUGUGCCGCUGCUGUGAGAACUGUGGGGGGGAGAUGCACCAGCGCCAGCGCAAGAACGCAGACUGCCAGCGCGGCUUCUUCACCUCUCUCCUCAUAGGCAGCUCCGUCUGCAUCGCAGCUGGCGUUCUCUGUGCUUAUGCUGCCAACCAGAACCUCACCAACCAGCUGAAGGGCACCAGGAAGCUAGUCAACACCAACAUCAAAGACCUGAAGGCCUUCGCCAAUGAGACGCCAGCGCAAAUCGACUACCUUACUGCUCAGUAUAACACGGCUAAGAACAAAGUCCUGUACGACCUGGACAAUAUUCACCAGCUGCUUGGAGCGAAGAUUCAGGCUCAGCUUGGAAUAGAAGUGCUUCCUGCUCUUGAUGCAGCCCUGAGUAUGGCUUCAGUCAAAGUGGAGGUGGCAAUCAAAGCUCUACGGGAGACUAAAGCAGCCUUGGAGAAUGUGAGUGCUGCGUUGGACACCCUGCAGGGCAGCAGCACUGAGCUCCAGGGCAGCCUGAGCAGAGUGAGGGCCAGCCUGGGCAACACCCUCAACGACCCGGCCUGCUCCAACGGAGCCGUGUCCCACACCUGCAACACCAUCCGGGGCACGCUCAGUCAGCUGGGCGUCAACGCUCAGUUCUCUGGGCUGCCGGAAGUGAGUCAGCAGCUGGACAUUGUGAACGCCGUUCUAAAGACGGACCUCAGCAGCAUCGUUCAAAAGGGGUAUUCCGCCUUCAACAACACUCCCAGCAUGGUGAAGGAACAGACCCGGAAUGUGGUUUCUGCCGUGCCUCGGGUGAAAAGUGUGCUGGACAGCAUCGGGGGGAACAUCACCGCCUUCGCCAAAAUGUUCCCCAUCCAGGGUUCUCUGGCCAACUUCACUCUCUUCCUCACAGAGAAGCAGAUGAUGAUGGAGGCCUUCUACCCGCAGAUAGACCAGAUGGACUUUUACAGGUGGAUCGGUUGUGUGGUGGUGUGCUGCAUGGUGGUGCUCAUCGUGGCAUUUAACUUCCUGGGUGUGCUGUGUGGGACCUGCGGCUACGACAAACACGCCACGCCCACCACCCGCGGCUGCCUAUCAAACACCGGCGGCAUCCUGCUCAUGGCUGGCGUUGGCUUCAGCUUUAUCUUCUCCUGGGUGCUGAUGGGAUUGGUCACAACCACCUUUGUCAUCGGGGGCAAUGUGGAAAAGCUGGUUUGUGAGCCGUUCGAGACCAGGCAGCUGUUUAAGAUCAUAGACACUCCGUUUAUGGUGAACCCCAAUGCACGAAACAUCCUCCCAAACAUGCUUUUCGGCAAACCAGACCUGGACCUCACCAUCGAGAGCGUGUACCGGAGCUGUAAAGAAAACAGAGGCCUGUACUCUGCUCUGAAGCUGGAUAAUCUGUUCAAUGUCCACAUGUUCCUGAAUAACAGUGUGUACACGAAGGAUCUGACGAAGCUGUUUAACGAGGUGAAGGUGGACUUCCGGGGGAUCGUCCUGCUGGAGGCGGCCGGGAGGGAGAACCUCCUGCAGUUCACCAACACCGGCGUGGGCGACAUCAACUACGCCGCGUACCUCUCUGAGGUGAACAAAGGCACAACGCUAGUGGAUCUGCUCUCAUUCGCUAAUGAGCUGGAGGCUCAGGCAGACCAGCUGCCACGAGGCGCCCUGGAGAACGCGCUGAAGGGACACGCCAGCAGCAUCCGGCAGAUCCACAGCCAGCAGGUCAUCCCCAUGGAGCAGGCCAUGAAAUUUGUUCGAGCGAGGAGCACUCUGAGUCAGAGCAUUCGGCAGCUACAGAGAUCUGCUUCUACCCUCCCUGACACAGUUACUGAUGUCCUGAGUGCCAUCAACGCAGCAGAAUAUCUCAUCAGCCAGAACGCAUCAUUUGUGGUCAAGCAGGAAACGCUGAAGUACAUGCAGAAUGUUGGGGGGUAUUUCGGACAGUACAUCGACUGGGUCAAAAUCUCCUUGGACAUGGAGGUGGCUCCCUGCAAGCCACUCAGUAACAUCUUGGACAGCGUGCAGAUUGUGGCCUGCAGAUUCAUAGUGGACUCUUUGAACACCUUCUGGUUCGGUCUGGGCUGCUGCUCCGUGUUCCUCAUCCCCAGUAUAAUCUUCUCGGUGAAGCUGGCGAAGUUCUACCGCAGGAUGGACACAGAGGAUGUGUAUGAAGAGUGA